UCGCCGGUGACUCAAGCCACACAACUCUCCGCGAGAACGCCAAAUAAUGUAGAAAUAAUUUUUUCAUUAACUUCAUCACUGAACCUGGUAACUUUAAUGGAGCUAGUAGGACGAAACUUGGCAGGCAGAUUUAGAGCGAUCCGGAGGAGGAGGUCAUUCAAGCAUGAUGAAAGGAGUAUAAAAGAAAAUUUGUCGGGUCACUGAACCAGAACUGGCCCACUUGAAAGCCAACAGGACCAAUCGUGGUACACGACCUUAGGUACCAAGAGCGAAUGUCCUAACAGGGUCUGUUUUUGGGCACGGACCACUUGAAGUAGCUAUAGCAAUAUUUGAGGAGCUUGAUCUGUACAUUGGAGCCUUUGUGAAUCACGAGGAGGCCUUUGAAGCCCUUAGCGAGCGCAGCGCUAAGGUACACAAAGGGUUAUCUGUGUUCUGUCCGCCACGAGGAUUCGAGUCACGGAUUUAAGCCUUACAAGUCCGUAAACUUACAGCUGACCCACCGUGGGACAUUGUGAACAUGAUACAGAUGCGCAGAAGUAUCAAAUGAGUCCAGGAUUCGUUAUGGAAGACAAAGUUUUGAUCCUGAACAGUUCUGACGAUUUGAACUAUACGUUACACCCAGACAACUCGAGCGAUGGAUCUAAUAUCAUUACUAAGUGUUUGGUUGGUGUAUUAUUAGGAUUAAUAAUUUUUUUCUCAAUCACUGGCAACUUACUAGUCUGCCUAGCUAUCUAUAAGGAUCGGGGACUACGUAAGCUCGGCAACCUUUUUCUUGUUUCUCUUGCUCUAGCAGACCUAUUUGUAGCAUCGUUGGUGAUGACAUUUGCUGUAGCUAAUGACCUGAUGAACUACUGGAUAUUUGGUUCAGGUUUUUGUGACAUUUGGAUAGCGUUUGAUGUCAUGUGCUGUACAGCUUCAAUCUUAAAUUUGUGUGCGGUCAGUUUGGAACGAUUUAUCCAUAUUAAAGACCCUUUACGCUACAGCCGUUGGAUGACAAAACGAGUGGUUUUUGGUUCAAUUUGCUUAAUCUGGUUACUUUCUGCUUUAUUAUCUUUCUUCCCAAUCAGCUUGGGGUGGCACAAACCUAGACGUUUGAAGUUGGUUAGUAAAGAACGACCCAUGUGCACUUUGGAAUUGACGCCUGUCUACGCUGUUGUAUCAUCCUCAAUCAGUUUCUUUGUUCCUUGUGUAGUAAUGAUAGCCUUGUACGGGAGACUAUAUUUUUACGCGAAGAAGCACGUGAAAAGUAUUCUUGCAGUAACAAAACCUUCUGAGAAUAAGGCAUCCCACAGUUCCCAACACAAAUCUUCUCACUUGAUAGAACACAAAGCCUCUAUAACAGUAGGAAUUAUAGUCGGCGUGUUCCUAGUAUGUUGGGUACCAUUUUUCUCUGUCAACAUUAUUGCUGCGUUUUGUAAAUCGUGUAUCUCAGACCUCGUGUGGAAGAGUUUAACAUGGCUUGGAUACUUCAACUCUGCUUUAAAUCCUGUAAUUUACAGUAUUUUUAACGCUGAAUUCAGGAAUGCGUUUCGAAAAGUUCUCUUCUAUUGCUCAUUUAAUACACCUGGUUCUUCUUGUGCAAGCUGUCAACUGUGUUGUGCGUCUCUUCGUCAAGGAAAAAAUUCUAAGGAAAAGACAGUAGUAGCUUUGCAAGUUAAUCAGCUUUGUAAUGACAUCUAUAGAAAUGAACAUGGAAAAGUAAGUGAAGUGUAAAUACAAGUAGUGAUGUUCAAGUACACAAAGUUUUGGGUGAGACUAUCAAAAUAUUUUAGUCCUCUAGGUCAUUUUCUGGUCAAUAUGAAAACACACAACAAUGAUGUGACAUCUAUAGAAAUGAACAUGGAAAAGUAAGUGAAGUGUAAAUACAAGUAGUGAUGUUCAAGUACACAAAGCUUUGGGUGAGAAUAUCAAAAUAUUUUAGUCCUCUAGGUCAUUUUCUGGUCAAUAUGAAAACACACAAAAAUGAUGUGGGAGUGAGACUAAUGAAACAAAACUACCAACGUAAGAUAAGUUUACUAAGUGAUGAUUCACUUUUAUAUCUUUCUAGUAAAAUAGAGAGAGAAUUUUUAAACGUUGUAGACUCCUAACUUAACACUUUUUCACUCGGGCUAACUGAAUAAAAAUGAUGACAGACAAUAUGAUAAAAUGUAGAAGUCUACAGAUUCGGCGAUCAAUCCACUGUAAAUUUAGUUUGCUAGGAAAGGAAACUGCCUGUGACUUUACGUUGAAAAAUAUUCAAGAUAACAUUUUGCAUUAUUAUUUAUACAUUGACAAUUUACACGUGCUCAACUGUGUUUUAAAAUAUCCAAACUCAUUGGGAAAGUAUGAUGUUUUUAUAAUUGUCUAUGGUUGUAAAAAAAUCAUAUAAUUCUUUAAUAAUUCGUGAUUAUAUAUCUAUUGUGUACCAUGUUAUUUAAAUUUAUAUUGAAUAUAUAUAUGUAUAUAGAAGCAUUUGUGAAAAUUAACAUGAAUAGCACCUUAUUCAACUUGUGGGCUAAAAGGCAGAUCAGAGACACCUAGUGUUCAGACAUAGCUGUUCCUAAUUUGGAACUAUUGAGCAAUGUGAAGGCAGCCAAUCAGAAGAACUCAUCGCCAAGACGGUUUUCAACCGACUAACGGCAUUGACUGUCUCUCUUAUAACGUACUCAUAGCUAAAAUGAGGAACGUGUUCAGCAGCAUCAUGUGGAUAUUCUGAUAUGUAGCAUGGUACUCUAACCACAAAGCCAAGCCCAUAGCUGUCUGUAUACAGAGGUAGCUUCAAAUAGUAUAACUGUUAUUAUAUUAAACAUCUAUAGUUAAUUUAUGAAGUGUAAAAAAUAAAACAAGUGCGCAUAUAUAUAUAUAUAUAUACAAAUACAAGAAAAACGUGUGAAUAAAUUACAGUGUUAGAACUCAUUAAGUAAGUAGUAUAAAUUAAGCAGUUUAAUUUACCCUUGCAGUAUUUGAUCUUUCUUUGAAACUACAAAU